CGUGGCCUCGAGGCGUUUGCCAAGACAUGUUCUGCUACUCUUCACCGCGCGUCGACGCUCGCGUCACAGACACCUCACUGUCAUCUUAUUCCUCAUGUUCUUCUACGCUGUGUCUCUGUCGCGUAUUUCUGUUGUGUAGUCUAUUCCUUAGUAUCUCCGUCUCGCCAUGUUCUACAGCCACGAGGUCCUCACCUCGCGGAAAUAUGGCGUGGCUACUGUCUGGCUUGUUGCCACCCUCGGGUCCUCCUCGAAGCUCAAGAAGAUCAAGCGCAAGGCGAUCCGUGAGGUGGACGUACCGAAGGCAUGCCGGACAAUUCUAGAUCCCGGAGCGCCAAUGGCGCUGCGGCUUCAGGGCAGCUUGUUGUAUGGUGUUUCACGAGUAUACCUAGAGCAGUGCAGCUAUGUGUUGUCUGAUGCGGAGAAUGCGCACAAUUCAAUGCGCUUAAUGAUGAAGAUUAUGAAGAAUGCGGCGAUUGAUCCUGAGGCUGGGAGGGCGAGACCCGAGCAGCUAAUCCUUCCCGAUGAUCCCGCCUUUUUGCCAGAUUUCACGCUUCCUCCCGCGGACCUCCUUGUGGAGCUGAACUUUCCGAUACCUCCUCCAGUCCAACGUUUCGACGAGUCCCAGACGUAUACCCCCGGCGGCUCUCAGAGCAGCCAUCGGAGCCCGACAGCUCCUCUUGGAAAUCUUCUCAUUCCCAGUUCGUCUCCAGUGGCUGCAGGCGAUUUUCAAAUUGCGGGUGACUAUGGUAUCGGCAGUGUAGGAGAAUCCGGCGGCCUGAUGGGCGUGGAAGAUGUGGCACAGCCCCUAGAGGAAGACUUCAGCUUCGAUGCUGAUGGCAACCUCAUAGAUUUCGCUGCCGGCGAGGGGGGUUUCAGCACACCGCUUAACCAAAGAGGAUCAACGAUGAUGAGCGAUGCUGGGGCGAGUGCGCGGGUGAGAGAAGAGCAUUUGGAAGGACAACAAACUGCAGCCGAGAGAGUCGGCGACCAAAUGGAGCUCGAUUUCCCCAACAUCGGCGAAGACUUCCCCAUGGACGAUGCCGCCGCCAUCUCACCCGACCAACAACAGCAGAGCAGUUCCCGUGUCCAAUCCGACGGGACUUUCCCGUCUUCUGCAUCAGCCCCAAUGCAACGCAGAACACGAAAACCCAAAGUCAUCCCUGCGGACCGCACCAUGGAACUUCGAAACAAGGACCUCGCAAACUGGAACAACAACUACCUCCACAACAUGGCCGAAGCCACCCGUCUGAAGAAUGCACAUCGUGCUCCCGCCCAAGCGAAGAAGAACGCAGAGUACUUCGUCUGGGGCGCCGGCGUUGGAGGCAUCGGACGUCGACCCGCAGGCGCCACUGCACCGAGCCCAUUGGAUAUGUACUGCGGCGACAACCUCUUCGCACUGUUCACAGGCAUCGAUCGGCGUGCUCUGCGUGCGGGAAAGAAACAUGACCGUGACAGCGGGAUCGAUGAAGCCAUGGCCGAAGAAGGGCGGCGCGUUCGGCCUCGCCGGAGUGUUGAAGACAAUCAGCAACAAGUGGGUCGUGGCCAGGAGGACGAGGGGAUUAUUCUUGCUGAGGACGACGAACUCGCCAUCGCUGAUAAGGACGACGUUGAACUCCCGCGCUCUGCGCCCUCCGCGCUCGAUGACCAGCAAAUCUUCUCCUCCAUGCCUUGGAACAUGAGCGCCUCCGUCCGCGGCUCUUCCGCCGUGCCUCACAGUGCCCGGGUCGGCUCCGUGGGCACGUCGACAGGUGUCCUGGGCUCCGCAAGACUGCGCGGUUCGAGGAUGGUGUCGGCGUCUCCGCUGCAGAGGCGUGCCCUGAUGCGCGGUUCUGCUGCCGACCUCGAAGCUCUAGGUCUGGGAGGUCUCGGUUCAGAGCUCGAUGUCGAGGGAUUCGGGCUACCGGAGCAGAUGACUUCGGAUGGGUUUGGCGAGAUGUUGCUAGCAUCGCCUGGGAAGGGAGAUGGAGGAAGUCCGGAGCGAGUGAGGGUGCAGGAGGCACUGUCGGCUGAGGGGAGCAAUUUUCUCGAGUUCAUUAAUGAUGCUUUGUUCGAGAAGCAGCAACGUGUGAGAGAGAUGCAGGGGACGGAGGACGAGACGGAACAGGCUGACGAGGUGCUAUUUGAGGAAGUGCUACCGCCUGCAAAGAAUAGCAGGGUGGUGGCUUGUCAGGGGUUGAUGAUGGUUCUGGCCCUUGGGUCGAAGGGGUUGCUGGAGGUCAGGCAGGACGAGCCUUUUGCGGAGAUUGGGCUUAAGGUUACGGAGAAGGCGAAAGAGAUGGGACUGGGUGUGGUGUUCCAGCCCGAAGGUGAGGGUGACGCAGGUGAGGGCGGCGCGGAUGCGGGCGAAGAUGCAGAAAUGCUUAAGGAAGAAGGCCAGUUCGACGAGGAGCAAGUGGCUGCUGGUGCUGGUGACGCUGCUGGCGCACCGAAACAUGAUGUACACGGCUCGGACAACGAUAGCGCCAGCGAAGACAAUGGAGGCGAAAACGAAGUCAUCGAAAUCAGUGACGGCGGCGACGACGAUGACGAUGACGGCCAUGGAAGCAACAACGGAAAUGACAAUGACAGUCUCUACGCGGAUUAAGGUAAUUGCCUCUACGAUCAUGCGUUUUCACGUAUACGGGAACUCUACAGGGUUUCCUCUCACACAACAGCGGGAGUCGGGACAAAGGUGUACGUGGCGGCGCAAUCUGUGUUUCAUCUUCCAACGAUACCCAUGGGAUGGCUCGCAUAUGGGCGGAUACUUUCACGGGUUAUGAUUUUUCGGAGACCUUUGUCUUUUCCAUUUUCUUUCCAUAUAUAGUGCAGAGCGGGUCAUAUAGUUCACGGGUAAAGGAAACGGAAUUUCGGGCAUAUGUAGCGAUCUGUGAUAUUAAAGCACACGCGUAC